CAUCCAUCCAAACAAGGAUCCAUCCGUCUAUCCAUCCACCAUGCUUUUGUACCAAGAUAUCCUCAACGGUGACGAACUCUUCUCUGAUGCUUAUCCCAUCAAGGAAAUCGAUGACAUCGCUUAUGAAGUCGACUGCCAAAUGAUCAACAUCAGUGAAGGUGAUGUCGAUAUUGGUGCCAACCCCUCCGCUGAAGGUGGUGAUGAAGGUGUUGAGUCCACCACCCAGACCGUGAACAACGUCGUCUACUCUUUCCGUCUCACUGAGACCUCCUUCGACAAGAAGUCCUACAUGGUCUACAUCAAGGGCUACAUGAAGGCUAUCAAGGCUAAGUUGGCCGAAACCAACCCUGAACGUAUCCCCAUCUUCGAAGCCAAGGCCAGCAGCUUUGUCAAGAAGCUCUUGGCUAACUUCAAGGAUUACGAAUUCUACACCGGUGAAUCCAUGGAUCCCGAUGCCAUGGUUGCCUUGUUGAACUACCGUGAAGAUGGUGUCACCCCUUACUUCACCUUCUUCAAGGAUGGUCUUAAGGAGCAGAAGUUGUAAAUUGCAUGUUUUACUUUUAAAAAAACAUGGCUUUUUCUUCCCCACUGGCUCUAGUUGUUCUUUACCUUCGACGGAUUCUAAAAUUCAUAAUAAAAAUUGCAUUAGUUUGAUUGCUCUGCUCUCUUUAUGAGGAUG